AAAAAAAAAAAAAAAAAAGUAAAUAGCCCCUCUGUUUUUUUUUGAUUUUAUUAUAUAAUUAGUAGUAUUGAAAAGUGUAACUUAUUUAUUUAUUAUAAAAUUACGACAUGUUGAGAGCAUCCAAGUUAUAUAAUAAUGGAGCUGUUCGUUCGGGGUUAAAAAUCAGUCAUAAUCAACGUCUUGGAGUUAAGGUAUUUAAGCAUUGUGAAAGCACAUUGGCAGAGGAACCAAAAAAGCCUUCUAGAUCUCUAUUUACAAAGUUUCUCGGUUUAACAUUUGUUUUAGGAGCCUCUUAUGGAGGAGCAGCGUAUUAUGCUUUACAUGAACCAGCUUUCCAUAAACAUUUCAGACAUUAUGUACCUGGCGGAGAACAGACAUUACGAUUCCUGGAAGAUCUUCAAAACAACAACGAUACUUUUCUUCAAAAAGCAACCAACUUAAAGGAACAAGCCAAAUCAUACAGUACAAAGAUUCAGCAAUCAUCUCAGGAUGCAAUGGAUUACGCAGCUGAAGCUUACCAAACCCUAACAGGUCCUAAAUUACCUGAUAACAACAAAAUUCAGACAUUUACAAAAAAAGAACAAGAUGUAUCAAUCUCGGUUCCUGUCACUCCUAAGCCAACUACAAAUAGUACACUUCAACUAUCAACAGAUAAAGCGGCUCAACCUGCUAUUGUGAAUGUAGCUAUCGAGAAGCCUGAACCUAUUAUUGUCAAACAAGUUGCAUCAGAUAAUCCAUAUGUUCGUGAACUUUCUCAACUUGUGACCGAACUUGCUACUAUUUUGAAUGAGACAGGCCUUUCUGGAUUAGGUCGCACUAUUAUUCGAGAUGCUGAAGAGGCACUCGAGAAAUUGAAUGAUCGAAUUCAAACUCUCAAUAACGACCAAACUGCAAUCCUUCAAUCUCUUCAAUCUCUUCGUUCUCAAGGCGAUAAGCUCGAAGGGUCACUUGAGCGAUUUCAUAUACAAGCCAAACAAGACCUUGAACUGACUCAGAUAGAAUCAGCUGCCAAGAUUGUAGCCCGUGAAGCUCAAUUGAAGAACGCAUUUGAACAGACACGUGCAGAAAUGGAAACUUCUUUUGCUCAACAGUUGGCGGCUGAUUUAGAGCCCAACAGAAGCAAGGUCAAGUUAUUGGUUGAGCAAGAAAGAGCAGGUCGACUGGCUAAGCUGGACGUGAUUGAUAAACGAUUCAAGGCACUAGAAAAAUAUGCUCUUCAAAAUGCUCAACAAUUGGAUGCAUCACGUCAACGCCACGUCAUUCAUGUCGCCUUAGAUGCUCUUUGGAAUAUACUGGAGCAAUCACCUCAUCAGCAAUCUUUUAAUGAUGAAUUACAAGCUUUAAACCAUAAUACAAAGGAAGAUGCUCUUAUUCAGACCGUUUUAAGUGUUGUUCCUGAUUCUAUCGCCAAGGAAGGUGUUAACACCAUAAGUGAACUCUUUCAUCGUUUUGAAAUUGUUUCUAAUGAAAUUCGUCGAGUAGCGCUUGUGCCUGAAGAUGGCGGAUUUGGAUCACAUAUUAUCAGUUGGGUCAUGUCCUUUUUGAUGUUUAAGAAGGAAGGCUUGGUAGAAGGGGAUGAUAUAGAAUCGAUUUUGGCACCCCAAGACUGGAUUCAAUCAGCUAGACGUCAUUUGGAAGUGAAACAAGCAUUAGAGGUUGCGGAAACAGAGGCUGUUUUAUUAAGCCUUUUAGAAGCUUGAAGACUUUAUGAUAAAAAUCCCAUCCCCCCUCCAUAUACAGACUUUGUUCAUAAAUAAAAAAAAAAGGAGAUUA